GAAGCCACCAAGACGGAGAAGACAGAGCGGACCAAGACGGAGAAGAAACGAAAACGCAGGGAUGAGGGGGAGGCUCCAGCAGAGCCACCCAGCUCCAGGAAUCAUGCGCCUGACCAGCAGGAAGAGGACCGAAGGGCGACCCCUCGGAAGCGGAG